CCUCUUUUUCUUUUUCUCCCAGCCGUUUCGUACUUUCAGUCUGCUGCUCUGAGCCUCUGAGCUCUCGUACCCAGUUCGACCUCUUGGGCAUUCAGUUCUUCAGUUCUUGUUCAGUCCGCGUGCGUCGCUUGCAGUGUGAACAUCUCCGUGAUCGGUUUCUGUUUUCCUCUCAACUUGUAAACAAUGUAUCGGAUAUGCACCACGAACUAAUCAGUGCCUGAGUGAUUCGGAACAACUCUUCCUCAACAUAAUUGACUUUUAAUAUUGAAGAUGCGGUCGCUUUGGACGGUGAUGACCAUUGCUGUUCUGCAAUCGGCUUUGGUUUGGCAGCAGACGAUCGGCAACAAAUGCGAAAAGAUAACGAUUCCACUCUGCCAGGAGCUCGGAUAUAACCACACCGUAAUGCCGAAUUUUGUCGGCCAUGAGGAUCAGGCUCAGGCUGAGCGGGCGUUGCAAGUGUUCAUGCCGUUGGUGCGCUACAACUGUUCGCGACACCUGCGCUUCUUCCUGUGCUCGGUGCUGGCGCCGUUCUGCUCGGAGCACGUGGUGGGCGCGAUCCCCUCAUGCCGCGGCCUCUGCGAGGAGGUGGAGCACGACUGUCACCCGCUCAUCAGCAGCAUGGACUUCCAGUGGCCGGCGCAGUUCAACUGUUCCCGCUUUCCCGUACCCAACAACGGCCUCUGCAUGCAUUUCUCCAACUCGUCGUCGGCGCCAACCUCGGCGGCAGGCGACGACACUCGCGGCGACGAUUGGCAUCGCGACGCCGCCGCCGUACGUCAGUGUCCGCCCGACUUCGCGAGGGCGCGCGAGGUCACAGGCGUUCCUUGUGCGCCACGCUGUGGACGCGACGCGUACUAUCGCGCUGACGACAAACUCUUUGCUGAAAGAUGGAUGACUGGCUGGGCCUGGCUGUGUUUCGUGUCGACACUGUUCACACUGCUGACGUUCUGGGUGGAGCCGGCGCGGUUCCGCUACCCGGAACGACCGGUCGUGUUCCUGGCGCUCUGCUACAACGCGAUGUCGCUCAUCUACAUCGCGCGCGUGUCGCUCGGCUCCGCGCUGUUUACUUGCGUCGCCGCCGGCCAGGGCUACAGCUCAUAUGUGGCCGUUGACGGCCUCGAGAGUGCCGCCUGCACUGUCACCUUCCUGGCGCUCUACUACUGCAAUCUCUCCGCUGGUGUAUGGUGGGUGGUGCUUGCGGUGGCGUGGUUCCUGUCGGCGGCGAAGAAGUGGUCUAGCGAGGCAGUGCACAGUCUGGCCUCCUACUUCCACCUGGCGGCCUGGGCGGGCCCCGCCGUCCUUGCUGUUCUGGCGCUCGCCUUCCAUCGGGUCGUCGCAGACGAGCUCACCGGUCUCUGCCAAGUCUCUGAGGUGGCAACAAUGGGCUUCGUGGUGGCGCCUCAGGGCAUCCUGCUUGGCGUCGGUCUGCUGAUCGCCGGGAGGGGCGCCGCGGCGCUCGUUCAGGUGCGAAGGGAGGUGCGUCGUUCAGGCUCGGCCACCGCCAAACUGGAACGACUGAUGACGCGGCUGGCAGUCUUUACCGCACUCUAUGUUCUGCCGACGCUUGGCGCACUCGCCUGUACGCUCUACGAGGCCUGGCACCGACCUAGAUGGCGUUCGCUGGCGUUGCUGUCGGCCCUGGACUGCCAGGCGAACCCGCGCUGCGUGGCGGGGCCGGCCUACGCGGCACACUCGGCCGGCGUCGAGGUGGUACUGCUUCGACUCUUCCUCAGUCUGGUCGUCGGCGUGUCGUCCGGCAUGUGGGUCUGGUCUGGCAAGACAUGUCGCUCGUGGACCCGUCUCUUCACAGCUCCACGCAAGGGCGAUCGUCCGCUACCUGUCACCAGGGUAUAAAAUACCCUCACAUACUUUGUACAUAACAUUUGUAUCAAAACAUGUAUAUAAAAUUAUAUUUAUAUUGUACAGAAUAGGUUAAUAUAUUGUUUAUGCUUCAGUAUUGUAAAAACUGACGAACAGAAUGAUCUUCUAUUGUGUAUAGUUUGUAUUGUAACUUGUAUAUUUAUACUGCUGAGACUUGAUUUAAUAUUCUACUGUUAUGCUGAAGCCUUUUACAUUGUAAAAACUUGCUAAAAAGGUACUAAUGUAUACUAUUUUUAUCGAAGCGUGUAUUUUUAUUUCGGUUUAAUAAUGUGAAAAAAUUUAUAAUACUUUUAGGCUUUAAUAUACAAACUGACCAAAAAACAUAAUCAUCGAGUGUAAAAUUGAUGAGUUCAUAUAAUUAAAUGAUGCUAUCAUAUAAAAAAUGGCUAAACAAAAUUUGUUAUUCAAAUGUCAUGUUAUGAUUCUUUAAGCAAUUGUAUACUUUUCAACUUAAUAAUUAUUAUUCAAUAGCUUACAAUGAGAUCGAAUGAAAUUUAAUUUUUGGAAAUCAGAUAAUCUAGUAUGAAGGAUGGUUCUGAAUCGAAAGAUUAUACUCACCCUGUACAGGAUUCAUAAGUAGAACCCUGGAACGAUUCACCUCUCCCGCAGCAUCAAAUGCUACUAUGCAUAGCAAUAACAUUUGAUCAACUAGCUCAGUUUUUGCCAGCUAUUCGAGUAUAUAAAACACCAUAAUUUCAGGAAUUCAAUAGUCAGAAAUGCGCAAUUGGCUUAUUUCAACAUCUGCACGCCCCCGCAACGGAAAACGGUGAUCUUUAUCAUAAUUUAUAUAAGUUAUGAGUUUUAAAUCUGCUCAAAACUGUUGCUGUUCUAACAAAAAUAUUACCGUAUUUAUGACAGCAGAUGAUAGAACAAUGCUUCUCUCUUCUAUUCUCUUAUUGACUGAUGACUAAAAAUUAUUAUGCAAAUGAAUGAUGAUUAUGCAAAAUUAUUCUUUAAUUGUGUGCUUUGACAUAGAAAUAAGAGAACACAUGAGCACUUAAAUAAAUAUUCUAGUUUUCUCUUAUUAACGAAGUACUGCUCAACCACAAUACCGGUAAUCUUAUUUACAGUAGAAAAGAAGGACUGUUCAAAUAAACAUUUUGUAUAUAUACUCAAGUAACGAAGAGCAUUUAUCUCAAGUGCUACUCCAUAUUUUAAAAUUGUACAUUAAUGUAUAAAUUCAUGUAAUAAAAACCAUUAUUUUACUUAUAAUA